CGCAUUUCGCUGUGACUCAGGAAGUGCAAAUAUGCGGAUGGUGUGUUUUAUUUUGUUAUAGGGCAGAGUCGUGGAAGCUGACGUGCCUCUCUGUGGAGAUUUUCGGGAGCAACUGCAGACUCCAGCUGUUCCUCCGUCCGAGACAAUGGCUUCACGGGGAUAAGAUGGCGAGUAAAUAUCUGUUGUAAAGCCACCGCACCCUCAGCUUUGUUUGCCGGGGGCAUGUGUUGCUUUACAAUUGGCUACCGUUUAAGCCUCCUUAUCACCAGCUGAGGACGCUGGUGUUCGCCGCCUGGCUGCUGGGCUACGUCAGCUUCCUUCUGUCGGUCCGGAGGAUGUGGAGCGGCAAGUACGUGCGGAGUCCCGUGGUGCGUUCACUUCUCAGCAACAUGGUGGGAGAAACCGAAGCUGUUGAAACCCUGGAGUGGUACCGGUGUUGUCCUGACCAGCUUGGAGAAGUGGUGGAACCCCUCUUCAUCCAGAGCCAUCUUGACUCCGACACCAAGGCCUUCCUCAAACGCAGCGUGGAAAAAUCUGGCUGGAUCUUCACUCAAAUGUAUCACUCCCUCGUGUCCUCAGUUCUGAGCCCCGUGGUGUCACGCACCUCCAUCAACGGGUUCCUGGGCCGAGGCUCCAUGUUCGUGUUUUCGGCAGAUCAAUUUCAGAAACUCCUACGCAUCGCCCCCGAAUGGCGGGCGGAGCGGCUCCUGGACCUUGGAGCUGGUGACGGGGGCGUCACCGAGGUCAUGAGUGGACAUUUCAGAGAGAUUUACGUCACUGAAGUUUCUCCGCCUAUGAAGUGGCACCUCCAGAGGAAGAACUACAAGCUUCUUGGGAUCAAUGAGUGGCAGAACAGCGGCUUCCAGUAUGACAUCAUCAGCUGUCUGAACCUGCUGGAUCGCUGUGAAGACCCGCUGCUUCUCCUGCAGGACAUCCGCCGCUCUCUGGUUCCUCAUUCAGGGAGGCUGAUCCUGGCUGCAGUGCUGCCCUUCCAGCCUUACGUGGAAGUUGGGGGAAAGUGGCAGCGGCCCAAGCAGCACAUUAAAGUCUCCGGAAAGACAUGGGAGGAGCAAGUCACCAACCUGACCAAUGAGGUGUUUGUACGGGCCGGGUUUGAGUUGGUGGCCGUGACCCGGCUGCCGUACCUGUGCGAAGGGGACAUGUACAACGAUUACUACGUUCUGGAUGAUGCAGUGUUUGUUUUGAGAGCCUCUGAGAGUGUGAGUGAAAAAGGGACUGAUUGACCAGCACUUUCGCCCUUCACUGUGCCAAACUGACUUUCUUUGACUGGAAACGUUUUCAAUUUGGGUUUCCGCAGAGAGGGAACUCGGGUACUUCAGUUUUGAUAUUCAUUAGACGGCAUUGACAACAACAAAAAAAUGUUUAAAUAGGAUGAUGCCAGUUCUAUGGCACCACUGUACUGUACUGUAAAAUCCAAACAACAAAGGUUUCAUGGAGACUGUUCUCAUUUACGUGUUAGUAAAUACAUUGUGGACUUUGUGAGGGUAUAAGUAUUUUAACUUUUUUCGACCCCAAACACUUCCUUCAGCUCCUCCUGCAGCCAAUUUUUGCCUCAUAUGGAGAGGCUUGGGACACCCUGGAAAGGCUGGAACUCUCUGAAAUAUGUUUUAUAUUACAAAAAUAUAACUUUUUAUGAUAUUACAGAUUAUAAAAUGUAAUCUGUAUAAUGAAAAUAAGAUCAAUCUUGAUGGACCGUCCAAGAUGGCCUGGUUCAGGACCCAGGCCCAUGUAUAUCAAUCUCAUCUCAUGGUAAGACAUGAUUUUCCUAAUAGAUCUGUUCUGAAUGAUGAUGCUCACGAUGACAGGAGCAGCAGUGAGUAAUGUCACCUUCAGCCAAGCAGUGUUUUGGCAGUCCUGCUGCAGGCUGUAAGGCUCAGAGAGCUUUCUAAUUUUCUAUUUACAUUCAUUUUCUGAUGCUUUACUGGUCAACUUUUUUGCUCCAGUUGAUCACCAUUUUGACAAUGAAGAGGAACUAGUCAACGUUUGACCGUUUAUUUCCAAAACAAUAUCAAAACUACCUGCGAACAGCCAUUUAUCGGUCGAAAACACAGUAUGUGUCAAACACAUAACAUUGCAGGUAACAGCAAUUACAACACGAACUGAUGCAGUUCUUCACGGACGACACCGCGUCUGACGCUGCAGCGGCCGCCUCGGAGUCCCAACAGUGCUGAACUUUGAACUUGAACUUUGGCGUCUUCUUGCAUCUGGAUGUUCUGUGGCCUCCGCCAACAACAGCAACGACGACCCGUGGCCGGGAGGCCCAGUUAAACGCCGUGUCUUCGGCUUCGCAAGUUCUUUUGUGCGAGUUCCCUCUGAAAUGCAUUCACAGAGCGAAUGAGAACUUAACCGCCAUGCGCACAACGAACUGCGAGCUUGGGAAACUAGCGAGCUCACCAUGAUGCGACGCCGUCUCUGGCGCCUCGCGGCUUGAGCCUGAUACCGCUGGACGGCCGACAUCACUUUAUUGCACAUGAUAAUAAAGUUCUGUCUUCUCUCCUC